GCGCCCUGCUCCGAUGGGGACGCAGCCGGGACUCUGCCUUCUGCUGCUGCUCCUGCUCCAGGCUGAAAGGUGGCUGUGCAUGGAGGAGGAGAAGGCCCAGUGCCAGCCAGGCUUCAGCUCAGAGGUGUACACUUUCACCGCGCCCAGGCCAGACCUGGAAAGGGGCCGACUGUUGGGCAAAGUGAACUUUGAGAGUUGCUCAGGAAGGAGCCACACCCCCUACUCUUCGGACGACACGCGCUUCAGGGUGCAUCUGGAUGGCAAGGUGGCGGUGAGACGAGCCCUGCAUCUCCACAGCCAGGAACUGAGCUUCCUCAUCCACGCCUGGGACUCGGCUGGCAGGAAGCACUCUGCCAGGGUGACCGUGAGAAGCCGUGGAACCGGACACCACCAGCACCGACCUCACGCGGAGCUCUACCGACCUGCUCAGGGAGAGGUGCUGACCUUCCCGGAGUCUGGCCCGGGCCUGAGGAGGCAGAAGAGGGAUUGGGUCAUCCCCCCCAUUUCUUGCUCCGAGAAUGAGAGGGGUCCCUUCCCCAAGCCGCUGGUGCAGAUCAAAUCCAAUAAGGACAAAGAGACGGCCGUUUUCUACAGCAUCACUGGGGAGGGAGCAGACCGCCCUCCUGAGGGCAUCUUCACCAUCGUGAGAGACACGGGUGUGCUGCAGGUGACCCGUCCACUGGACAGAGAGGUCAAAGCCAGAUAUGUGCUCUUCUCCCAAGCCGUCUCUGCCAAUGGGCAGCAAGUGGAGGACCCCAUGGAGAUCAUCAUCAAGGUGACUGAUCAGAACGACAACCGCCCAAAGUUCACCCAGAGCGUCUUCGAAGGCUCAGUCGCUGAAGGAGCCACGCCAGGUGCCCCUGUGAUGGAUGUAUCGGCCACCGAUGCCGAUGACGGUGUGGAUACCUACAACGGGGUCGUCACCUACUCCAUCGUCAGCCAGGAGCCCCCUCAGCCCAACGGACACAUGUUCACCAUCAACAAUGCAACGGGGUUGAUCAGUGUGUUUUCUACAGGCCUAGACAGAGAGAGAGAGCCAAAGUACACGCUGAUCUUGCAAGCCACGGAUGACCUGGGAAGAGGCUUUGGCACUACGGGCACAGCGGUGAUCACCGUCAAGGACCAGAACGACAACCCACCAACAUUUGACCCACUCACGUAUGAAGCAGCCGUGCCGGAGAACGAGCCAGGAUACCUGGUCGCCAGGCUGACCGUGACCGAUGCAGAUGAGGAAGGCACCUCGGCAUGGAAAACGCAGUACUUGAUUGUGAAAGGGGACGAGGGAGGGAACUUUGCUGUCACCACGGAUCCUCAGAGCAAUGCCGGUCUCUUGAAAACCACCAAGGGCCUGGACUUUGAGACCAAGGAUAAGUUUGUCCUCCAAGUUACGGUCGUCAAUGAAGCCCCCUUCUCGGUGACUCUCCCAACCUCCACGGCCACCGUGACGGUCCGCGUGGAAGACGUGAAUGAAGCCCCCAUCUUUGUUCCACCAGAAAUGUCUGUGGAGAAGUCCGAAGACCUCCCUAUUGGGGGGCUCGUGGCCACCUACACCGCUGAGGACCCCGAUAAAUUUCUGCAGCAGACAAUCCGGUAUUCCAUGGGGAACGAUCCGGCCAACUGGCUAAAGAUUAACCCCGAUAGUGGCAUGAUUGAAUCUAAAGCCCAGCUGGACAGGGAGUCCGAGUAUGUGAGAAACGACACCUACACAGCCAUCAUCCUGGCCAGUGACAAUGGGUCUCCAUCGAGAACCGGCACAGGGAUGCUCCUCUUGCGCCUACAGGAUGUGAAUGACAACGGGCCGGAGCCAGCUCCGAAAAACUUUGACAUCUGCAGCCGAAACCCAAAGCCCCAGGUGCUGAACAUUGUGGACAAGGAUCUCCCUCCCAACACCUAUCCCUUUGUGGCGGAGCUGCAGUCGGGUUCCGGGGCCAACUGGUCGGUCCAGGUGAAUGAUGACCACACCCUGACCCUCAAGCUGACCAAGACGCUGGAGCCUGGAGAUUACGGCAUCGCCAUCGACCUGGCGGACGCCCAGGGGCUGUCGAAGCAGACCACCAUCAAGGCCCGCGUGUGCGACUGUGACGGAACUGCCAAGAACUGCGAGCGGAGAGCCUAUGCCGUUGGCGGGAUGGGGGUCCCGGCCAUCCUGGGAAUCCUGGGCGGGAUCCUUGCCUUGCUGAUCCUGCUGCUGCUGCUGCUGCUGUUUGUGAGGAAGAGGAAGGUGGUGAAGGAGCCGCUGCUUCCCCCCGAGGACGACAUGCGGGACAACGUCUACUACUACGAUGAAGAGGGCGGAGGUGAAGAGGACCAGGAUUUCGACCCGAACCUCUUGCAUCGGGAUCUGGCUGCCCGGCCCGAGGUCACCCGCAACGAUGUUGUCCCCACCCUCAUGCCAGCCCCCCAGUACCGUCCACGCCCAGCCAACCCUGACGAGAUCGGCAACUUCAUUGACGAGAACCUGAAGGCGGCUGACACGGACCCCACGGCGCCUCCCUACGACUCUCUGCUGGUGUUUGAUUAUGAAGGCAGCGGCUCCGAGGCGGCCUCGCUCAGCUCGGUCAACUCCUCCGACGGAGACCGAGACCAAGAUUACGACUACCUGCACGACUGGGGCGGCCGCUUCAAGAAGCUGGCGGACAUGUAUGGCGGGGGCGAGGAGGAGGACUAGAUGCCGCGGGAACCGGGCGGGGUGGAGCUCCAUGUGCGUGUGCUGGGGAGGGAGGGAUCGGGCCCCCUCGGCUUUCCCCAGCAGCGGCUCCUCGAUCAGAUUUGCUGCUCUCUUUCUGUACCUCGCCAAAUCCCUGCAUGCACUCGCUUUCCCUCCGAUGCCGGGGUGGGUUCAGUGCAUGAUGGAUAUACCCUUUUGAAGCUUCUCCCACGUGGUGAGUCACUCUGAGAAUAUCUAUUCACUUUGCUGGAAGAGCUGAAAUCAUCAUCAGUCGAGAAAGUGCUUCCUGUGAGAUGGGAUAAUUGGCCGGCCAGUUAGGCUGCCAGUAAGUCAUAAGAAUCCACCCUUAUUCACCAGAGACUUCCAAACAGCGGAGAGCUCCAAUCCAAAGAGAUCCAGACUGAUUUCUUACUGGUGCAAGAGGCUCUCUUUGGGCUCCUACUCAAAAACACAUCGCAGGCACAUGCAAUCUCCGAGUCCAGCUUUUCCCACUGGACCUCGUGUCCCAUGUUUUCUUUUAACCUCCCAUCUGACCCACCCUUUUGCAUACCUCUACCUUUCCUACCAGCACAACACCUUUUUAAAAAGAUACACUGGCAGAAAUAUAAAUAUCUGAGAAUAAAGCAUGUACAUAAAGAACAUAAUGCAAGAAAUAAUAAAGGGGUGAGGUAGAACAGGCCUGAUUCACGCCACUGUUUUCUAAUGCAUGGACUAUAAGUGUUGGGAAUCUUUCGGGAUGGUAUAUUCUGCCUGCAUAACUCCAGGUUCAGUUUGGUGAAAUCUAGCUGAAUUACUGGGAGUUGCUGCUGGAGAAACUGGGGGUUGUAUAAGCUCUUCAGAUGCCUUCCGCCCUUGUGACGAAGCACUUUAGAGGUUUCUAGCACUGCAUGAUUCCAAGAAUCCACUAACCACUUACCCUCAAGGCGAUGCGUAUUUAGCAAUUCUCCACAAGCAGAGUGCAAGUGGUGGAAUUCUGUACCAGGAAGAGAAAACCCAGCCUCCUGAAAACCUCAGAUUUCAUUUUUAAAAGCCAGGCUUAGAAACCAAAGCAGCGUUUCUGGUAGGCUGCUGCUCUGUUAAGCUCUCACCCUUCUCCAAGCACAGAAGCAGAGCAGACCACCUGAAGACGGUUUUAAUAAUAUAUGUGUGUAUAUAUAUAUUGUAGAGUUUUCCUUGGUGCCGAUUUUGAUGGGUUUUUUAUGGUGUUAGAAGUGUGUGUGUUAGUGCAAAGUAAACACAACUAACUGUGGUGGUUCA